CCAUAGAUGCGCUCUCUUCCUGUUUCCCUUUUCACUUGCUGUUUUGUGUCUGAAAUACCGGUUGUGCACAAACCUUUACAAGUAAUGGAUCAGAUUAGUAACAUCCAGGUUGUUCCCUGCAGCAGCUCCAAUUACCUGAAACCGUUCAGGGUCCACUACAGCCAGAAUGGAACCAAGAAGUCCUGGGAUUUCAUGAGAACACACGACAGCGUCUCGGUCCUAAUCUUCAAUACCACUUCGCAUUGCUUUAUCCUGGUCAAGCAGUUUCGUCCAGCUGUAUACAUGUGUGAGUUGGAGAAACACACCCCUCAGAGUCCCGAAGACAAGGUAAAAGAAGGAGAGGAGAAGGAGGAGAGUGAGGAGAGCCAUGGGGACCCACCGACUGCAGCUGCUGGAGUCACUUAUGAGCUCUGUGCAGGAUUAGUAGACAAGCCAGAUCUCUCGCUGGAAGAAAUAGCCAGGCAGGAGAUCCUAGAAGAAUGCGGCUAUGACGUGCCAGUAUCGAAGCUCAGAAAAAUAACAUCCUACAGGUCUGGAGUCGGAGUCACUGGAUCCAAGCAGACCAUGUUCUAUGCCGAGGUUUCCGAUGAUAACUGUGUUGGGGAAGGUGGCGGUGAACCCCAGGAAGGAGAGCUCAUCGAAGUGGUGAAAGUCCCUUUACCGGAAUCCAUGAACUUUGCAUUUGAUGAAAGCCUCCCCAAAACCAUGGGGGUCCUCUUCAGCUUUAUGUGGUUCCAUAGCAAUAUGGCACCCAAGUACAAAAUUUCAACAAACGUGUAAAAGCUGCUGAAAGAGUGAAUAGUGAUGUGACCAGUAUUUUGGAAAUAAUAGUCUAGAUAUUCUUAGUGUUUUUAUAUAUGUUAUGUGUGACCCCCCCGCCCCCCCCCCCCCACCACCACCACCACCACCACACUAAUAUACAAGGCGAUGCAUUGAAUGAGAAACAAUGAAAAAAAAACAUAUUCAUGAACCUAUAAGACUCGUAUCAAUUAAAUAAUAAAAUAAAUACAUAAAUAAAACAAGGGUUACCGCAAGUAUAAUUUGUAGUAUUGUAUUUGCUUUCUGGAUAUUUUGCAACUUGAGAUCAGUCAGUAACUGGAAUUCUUGUUGUCUUUUUGUUUCUGCUUUAAUAAGCACGGUAAGAUCUUUUUAUUGGCAGCGCGUGUGCUGCUAUCAGGUGUGACAGUGUUAGUGGGAGGGGUCCCUUUUACAGAUCCCUUCAAGCACUCACAGCCAACUCAGGUUCUGCCAUCUAGCAUCUAGCAGAUAAAAACAAAAAUCAGCACAUAGCAGCGUUCUCAAAUUAGCUAGCUUUAGAGCUUCACAGGUUAGAUAUUGAGACCAUGGCUUUUAAUGAUUGAAAGAGCUAAAUGGUGCACUGCUAGAAACAAUCAACAUGAGAAAGACACACCAAAAAAAAUACAAGGGAUGGCAAAAGGAAACGAUAGCGCCUUGGGCUAUUGAAUCAUACUAUAUAGAAAUGUUCCAGGCAGUUUUAGUACACCAGUAUAGCAAAAUGCAUGGCCCGAGCCAUUUGGAUACCUGUCACCCCAGCUAUGAUGGCUAUGGAUCACUUGCUUACAUGACCUUGUUUAUUAAAGAACCUUGCUUAUUUAUAAUAGGGAUAAGGUUACACUGACACUACUGCACACAACAUGAUACCUGUAGCCACUACGGGCAGCAAGAGCAACUUUAAGAGCACCUACAUUAGAUCUUGACAUUGAUGUGUUAAUAUGACAUAGUUUAACCCUUUAAAGAUCAGGCUUUAUUGACCUGUUGUCAACAUUGUGUCUUAAGAAAAUCAUUUGCUAUGUCUUCUUCACAAAAUCUACAAUACAAACUGCUGAAAAGAAGGUAAAUAAGGUUAAGAACAUCCAGCUUACACUACAAACAAAUAUGAUUUUUCCAUUGCAGCAGCUGUAUUCUUAGUAAUGAGGAUCAGUGGGAUUUCAUUACAGGAUAUGAUGAUCUUUAUAAAAACAAUUUCUAUGGACUAAAACUAAGAGCAUAGGUAGGUCAGCAAAAUAUUGUUAUUUUUCACUCAUGGGUUACAGAGCAUAAGUUAAAGUUCACAGUACAAAGUUACUCUUAUACAGUCCAGUUGGUUUACAUGAUCACCUUAAUAUUUUCCCACAUACUGUAUCACCAAUUAAGAGGAACCACAAAAGUCAAAGGCAGGGGAAUAAAACUAACAAGUACAAACUAAGGUGUAAGCUGGUCAGUUCACUUCAAAAUUGGGCCCUGUAUCACCAUAAAAAGACAUAAUAAGUGUAUUGGAUUUAGGGGGGCAGAAACUAAGGGCAAAGUCCACCCUUCAAGCCAAACAGAUGGAUGUUUCACACCAAAUGUCAACCAAGGAGUUGCAGGUUCUUUCACUUAUGAAGGUCACACCAGCAAAGCUCCUUUUAUGCUAAAAAUAAAUAAAUAAAUAAAAAGUGGAGUUGCGGUAGUCAUGUGAUUUCCUUGGCUGUUGAGAGGGUAUGUUUGCAGUGUAAAGAGAAAACCUGUACACCUAAAUUAUAUCUAGUAAUUUAGGCAGAAAGGCCAGUCAGUUGGCUGUAGCGUCUGUUAUAUGUACCUGCAUAACUUGUUUUUAUAUUGAGGUUGUAUGCCAGUAUUGGAAAAAAGAGGAACCCACUAAAAAGGGUUUGCAGUUGUACUUGAAUUUGUUUUAAACUAUUUUAAGUAGACAUUAUGUAAGGCAACUUUUUUUUGCAAUUGUUUGUUGUGUUAUUUUUUUACAUUGUAUAUUCUAAUUAGUCUCUUAGUAACUAUUUGGCCAUAUCAUACCUUUUGUCUUCUUGAAAAGGGUAUCAUUAAACUGUGAUUGCAUGAGCUCUACAUUUAGAUGAAUUACAUCUGUAGUAAAUCUGUAAAUAAAAGGGUUAAAUUCACAAAAA